CAUUGGUACCACUAGCAUGGCUCUAAACCUUGUCUAAGCAGAAAGUCAUUUUAGCCACCUUUUUUUCAUUUUCAUCAUCAUCAUCAUCUUCUGUCAGUCAAUUAACAGUUCUGUACUUUCAUGUGGAGCAUCCAACCCAUUGCUAUCACACCUGAAAUAACUACAAAAAUGCAAUAAACUAUAAUUACAUGUACUAAUUUACUAGAGAUGGUUGUACAUGUACAUGUUCUUAUGUUGUGUAGAAAGUUUAAGUGGGUUAGCAUCAAAAUCAGCUCAAAUUUUGUACACUUUCAAUGACAGCACAUUGGAAAUUAUUUACCAAAUCAGAUUACAAUAGACCACACUUGAUGAACUUAGCAUGCAUGAAUUAGCUACAUGUAGUGGGGGACACUAUUGGAAUGUUGUUCAAGAGCAAGAUAAAGAGAUAAAUGGGUAAUGGAGGACGAGAAUGACAACUUUACUCUAAGCAGUGACAUCAAUGGUCCCCUACUAGCAGCAGUUAUCAGUAUAGAGAUGAUAGGAGGACUCAUUGCAAACUCAUUUGUACUCAUACUGACUACAUGUCAUAUAAAGACUUGGAAACAACCCUCUACUAUAUUCCUUACUAACAUGCUGAUAUCUAACCUCCUGAUGGUCCUCUUUGUGAUGCCUUUCUCAAUAGUUACUUGUUCCAGUGGCCAGUGGUUACUAGGGGACACAGUAUCUCAAAAGGAAGCAUCAUGCAAAGCUAAUGCGUAUAUUAAUAUGUCUAUAUGCAUCAUAGUAACACUGAGCCUGGUACUACUCUCCUUUGAUAGAUACUUCUUCAUUGUAAAAUCCUUUGCUUAUGAGCAACACAUGACGCCCAAUAAAGCAGUUAUAAUUAUCAUCGUAUCUUGGAUAUUAGGACUAGGGCUCAGUAGCCCUCCACUCUAUGGGCUGGGAAUGACUGAGUUCUCAGAUAGUUAUGGUAUUUGCAUACCUGCCUUUGAAAAUGAACCAGGCCUUGCUAUAUACUUUCUAGUUAUGACAUUCACUUUUAUCAGUAGUAUUGUAAUAACGUCAACAUGGACCUUCUGUUAUGCAAGGGAUUAUCUCAAGAAAAGGAACACUAGGAGGAAUCGCAGAGACAGUGUCUACCUAACACAAAGGAGGAAGCUCAUUGGGCUGUUUGGGGCACUCAUUAUUGUUCAUAUCAUUUGUUAUUUUCUUUUCUUAGCAAUUGCUCUCAUUGCACCUUUCCUUCCCCUGCCCCAACAAACUUAUGCAGCUACUUGUGUCCUAAUCUUUCUCAGUACGAUCCUCACUCCACUGGUUCAAGUCUACUUCAGGUGUGAAGUAAGGGAUACAAUAUCCAGCUGGUGCGUUAGAAUUGGAUUGUUAAAAAGAAACGUAGAAAGAGAUCAAGAGCUAUGAUACCCAAUUCACUUUUGUGUUUGUGACACUAACACUACAAUCACAUCAACUUUUAAAAAAGUUUUUUGUCUUUAUUUUAUUUAUUUUUUUAUGUUCUUGUUAACAGAGACUU